CCCCGGCCCGGACACGGAGCCGGGGGGCAGACGAGUGGGGCUGGCGCCCAGGAGCUGGCCACGGAGCCUGAUCGCCAGAGCCGGACCCUGGCCACGGGGCUUUGGGCUGGGUCGCAGGGAGGCCCUGGGGGUGGUGUGUGUGGGGCCGGGCGCCCUCCAGCCCCACUGACUUCCCUGGGCGCAGCCCGCUGCCCCCGGGCCUGGGGCCCACAAGGAGGCAGCCCCAGCACGGGAGUCCCUGACCCAGCCCCAGGCGAGCCGAAAGCCGCUCACCCAGCCGCACCAUGGGGAAGAUGCUGCCCGCGCAAGAAGCAGCCCGGAUCUACCACACCAACUACGUGCGCAACGCGCGGGCCAUGGGGGUGCUGUGGGCCCUCUUCACCCUCUGCUUCGCCAUCAUCAUGGUGGUGAGCUUCAUCCAGCCCUACUGGAUCGGGGACAGCAUCGACACCCCGCAAGCCGGCUACUUCGGCCUCUUCUCCUACUGCAUUGGCAACGCCCUGACCGGCGAGCUCAUCUGCAAGGGCAGCCCCCUGGACUUCGGCACCAUCCCCUCCAGCGCCUUCAAAACAGCCAUGUUCUUCGUGGGCAUCUCCACCUUCCUCAUCAUCGGCUGCAUCCUCUGCUUCAGCAUGUUCUUCUUCUGCAACUCGGCCACGGUCUACAAAGUCUGUGCCUGGAUGCAGCUGGCAGCAGCAGCUGGCCUAAUGAUAGGCUGCCUGAUCUACCCUGAUGGCUGGGAUUCCAAUGAAGUGAAGCGCAUGUGUGGGGACAAGACAGACAAAUACACACUAGGAGCAUGCACCGUGCGUUGGGCCUUCAUCCUCUGCAUCAUCGGGAUCCUGGAUGCACUCCUCCUCUCCUUCCUGGCCUUUGUUCUAGGGAACCGGCAAGACAACCUACUCCCCGACGAUUUCAAAGUAGAAAAUAAAGAGGAGGACCAUGCCUGAAGAACCUGAACAUCCCUGUAAUCACCUGAAACUUGAUGCUUUUCUUGGAGAAGUCAUGUUGAAGGACCUCUAUUCUCACUACAAACUGUCUUGAAAAGAUUCCAUGCGAAGGGAAUCCCCAUAGAGUUUAUUUGGACAGGACACAAUCAGUUAUGGAGUGGGACAGCUCAACAUUUGAUGAAGCUACCACCUUAGGCAGUGGUGAGCCAGGGGCAUUGUGUGCUUUAUUUACAGAGUCACAUUUUGUACUGGCCUGUUUCAGGAAAAAAAUAGCUGAAUAAAACACAAAAUGGCAGUGUUUUGAUUUUGUGCUACUGUCCUUGGAAAGCGUACUCACCUAGCUUCUCCUACAUGAGCAAUCCUGAGCAUUGUUUUACAGGAAAAGCCAUUCAACACCCACAUUCCAACAAGGUGCACAAUGGACACUUUUUUUUUAUUAAAUAAUGCUGCCUCUUGAAAUUAC